GCCGGUUCCCCUGGCCCUCAGGGAUGGAGCCAAGGUCCCAGGGCGGGUUUUCUUUCCUAGGAAGUGGUUGCUGGGUUCUGAGGAGUUUCCCCCUUGGCAGCCCUGAGCCGGCAGUUCUGGUAGUGACUGCUGGGCCCUGCUGGACAGCGGUCGCAUGCAGCUCCUAUGAGGCCCCUGCCGCCGGUCGGCGAUGUCCGGCUGGAGCUGUCGCCUCCGCCGCCGCUGCUGCCGGUGCCGGUUGUGAGCGGGUCUCCAGUCGGCUCCUCUGGGCGUCUCAUGGCCUCUAGCAGCUCCCUGGUGCCCGACCGGCUGCGCCUGCCGCUCUGCUUCCUGGGUGUCUUUGUCUGCUAUUUUUACUAUGGGAUCCUGCAGGAAAAGAUAACAAGAGGAAAGUAUGGGGAAGGAGCCAAGCAGGAGACGUUCACCUUUGCCUUAACUUUGGUCUUCAUUCAAUGUGUGAUUAAUGCUGUGUUUGCCAAGAUCUUGAUCCAGUUUUUUGACACUGCCAGGGUGGAUCGUACCCGGAGCUGGCUCUAUGCUGCCUGUUCUAUCUCCUAUCUGGGUGCCAUGGUCUCCAGCAAUUCAGCACUACAGUUUGUCAACUACCCAACUCAGGUCCUUGGUAAAUCCUGCAAGCCAAUCCCAGUCAUGCUCCUUGGGGUGACCCUCUUGAAGAAGAAGUACCCGUUGGCCAAGUACCUGUGUGUGCUGUUAAUUGUGGCUGGAGUGGCCCUUUUCAUGUACAAACCCAAGAAAGUUGUUGGGAUAGAAGAACACACAGUCGGCUAUGGAGAGCUACUCUUGCUAUUAUCGCUGACCCUGGAUGGACUGACUGGUGUUUCCCAGGACCACAUGCGGGCUCAUUACCAAACAGGCUCCAACCACAUGAUGCUGAACAUCAACCUUUGGUCGACAUUGCUGCUGGGAAUGGGAAUCCUGUUCACUGGGGAGCUCUGGGAGUUCUUGAGCUUUGCUGAAAGGUACCCUGCCAUCAUCUAUAACAUCCUGCUCUUUGGGCUGACCAGUGCCCUGGGUCAGAGCUUCAUCUUUAUGACGGUUGUGUAUUUUGGUCCCCUGACCUGCUCCAUCAUCACUACAACUCGAAAGUUCUUCACAAUUUUGGCCUCUGUGAUCCUCUUCGCCAAUCCCAUCAGCCCCAUGCAGUGGGUGGGCACUGUGCUUGUGUUCCUGGGUCUUGGUCUUGAUGCCAAGUUUGGGAAAGGAGCUAAGAAGACAUCCCACUAGGAAGAGAGAGACUACCUCCACAUCAAGAAUAUUUAAGUUAUUAUCUCAAACAGUGACAUCUCUUGGGAAAAUUGACUUAAUAGGAAUAUGGGACUGAGUUCCAGUCUUUUUUAAUAAAAUAAAAUCAAGCAAAAUCA